UGCGGGACUGUCCCUUCCCCGGGAGCCCCCAGCUCGGAACGCUGAGGCGGGCAGAGGCGAUGGAGGGGACUUGAGUCCCCGCUGGCUUCAGCUCCGCUCCGGCCCUCUCCUCUUUCUCCUCAUGGUUUCGCGUCCACUCGUUUCCUCGUUAGGUUCAACCUUCUUCCACAUAUCCUCCAUGGCAGCGUGGACCCGUGAAGCAGUGCUGAACCUUUAUCGCACUCUAUUGCGUCAGGGAAGAGGCCUACGCUAUACCGAUCGUGAUUUCUACUUCAGAACAAUCCGGCAAGAGUUUCGCAAGAACCUGCACCUUGAGAAUCUUGAAGAUAAGGAGAGACAGCUGGAAAAGGGCCAGGCUUUCUUGCACAGCAAACUUGGGGGGUUGAUUUAG